GCAGUUGAAAGCGUUUUGGAUUCCCGCGUGGUGUUGAGGCAGGAUGCAGUGGUCGUGGGACUAAACCUAGCAGGAGUAGGGUUUCCGAUUCAUCUUCAAAGGGAAGAGCAGGAGAGCAGAAGAGUGAGACAGCGGGAAAGCGGAGGGGGAAACACAGAGAGAUAUAUAAAGGGGAGAGAGGAAGUGUGAACCUUCCGAAGGUCGACGAUGGGGAGGGGAAAGUUCAAGGGAAAGCCAACGGGUCGAAGGCACUUCUCUACUCCCGAAGAGAUGCUCGCUGGUACUUCAACUCGUCCUCGCACUUUUAGACAGGCAGAAGCCAAAGAUGAGGAAGUAGAGGAGGAAGAAACUGAAGAAUCUGAAGAGGAAUCAGAUGAAGAACCUGAGAAGCAAAAAGGAACCCAGGGUAUUAUUGAGAUUCAGAAUCCUAAUCUGGUGAAACCAAAGAAUGUGAAAGCUAGGGAUGUUGAUACUGAGAAAACAACUGAACUAUCUAGGCGUGAAAGGGAGGAGAUAGAGAAACAAAGAGCUCAUGAACGAUAUAUGAGGCUGCAGGAACAAGGAAAAACAGAUCAAGCAAGAAAAGAUUUAGAGCGUUUGUCCAUGAUACGCCAACAAAGGGCAGAGGCUGCAAAGAAACGUGAAGAAGAGAAGAAUGCCAAAGAGCAGAAGAAAGCUGAAGCUCGCAAAUGAUGUGGAAAAUGUGAUGAAAAGCCUCUCUAGAAGUUCUUCCUCACCCACCCACCCACCCCAAAAAAAGAAAAAAAAGAAAAAAAGAAACGUACUAUUCACAGUUAUCUGAUUGACAAGUUCAAUUAUAAAGGGAACUAAAUCAACAAUUGGUAAUUGUGGAAAAUGUUUAUCAUAGAUGUUUGACCAUGUUAUUAAGUUGGUGUCAUAAAGCAGCAUACUAAUUCUCAAUGCUGGAUGCUAUGGGCAUCUUAGCUAUGAAAACAGUCUCUGAUGUUGGUCAUUUUCUACUAUUUUUUGGUGGAUGCUCUAAAUGGUUAUGGUGGAAGUUCUAACUAUUA